GCAAGAUUGCGCAUGCGCAUUACUUCGAACGUUCAAGUUCAAAAUACAACGGACAGAAGAGAGAAGAGAAAGAGAAUUUAUUAUCAGUUGUACGACAAAGUGGAAAGGAAACGCAAGUCAGAAUAUUCAAGAUCACUAGAAGUUUCUGGAUUCAUUUUCGAGUAGCGAGAUUCGCGUUUAAAAUGCCUGUUGUCGGAUACUGUCGAAAUUUAUACAACAACUUGUGCCCAUGCUUCGUUUGCUCAAAGAAGUUCUCACUGGAUAAUGGAGUGGAAGAUCUCCUAACGCAUAUUUGUUUCACUCACAGGAUCAUUAUCGAGAAUAUCGAUCAAAUAGCCGAUUUUAAAAAAUAUAUGGAAUAUUAUGCUAAACGUUAUAAGGAAGCAGCUCUGAAUACGUUCGCUAAAGAAAUAGUUAUCGAAGUACCUGAACGAGAUUCUACGCCGAAAGAACAGAAGUAUUAUUUACUCGGUAAUUUCAUACCGGAAGAUGAGAACCUUCGAAAGACCUUACAUUCUAAACGUUUGAAAGCAGCUCAAAAGCAACAGGUGAAGGAUAUGAGCGAUAAACUGUACAUCAGACAUUGUUUCUAUUGCCAUCAGACUAUUCGUGUGACGAAUAUUCAACUCACUAAUCACUUGAAAUGGCACGGAUUUCAGCUCGGACAUCCGGAGAAGUUAGUUUAUAUGGAGAAGUUCGUCGAAGCUAUCGAGGGUACUUUUAGAUCACUCUAUUGCUUGUAUUGUAACAUGAAAUUUGACUCGUGCCGGUCCCUGAUGACGCAUAUGGAGGAGAAAAAUCAUUUGAAAAUUCAUCCUAAUGAUCGUUUCUACGAUCAGUUUUAUAUGAUUAAUUACGUUGAAUUUGGAAAAACGUGGAUGGAUUUUCUUAAAGAGAAAAAUAAAGUGGAAUCUGAUCAAGAAAGUGGCGCUGACGAUGAUGACAAGGAAUGGUCUAGUUGGGGUAAUGAGCCUGAAUCGAUCAUGUGUCUAUUUUGUAAACAUAUUUGUCGAAGUUGGGAUGGUACACUGCUGCAUAUGACCGUAUCGCAUAAUUUCGAAUUCAAGUCUAAAGUGUCGCAAUUUAGCUUCUAUCAGCAGGUGAAACUAGUCAAUUAUAUCAGAAGAAGAGUUAUCAACCAUCAAUGUAUCAAUUGUGACGAACAAUUCGACAGUGAAACCAGUCUCAUUACUCAUAUGGAAAAAAGUAGCCAUUUCUCUAUCCCUGAUAAAGAUGUUUGGAAUCACGUCGAUUAUUUGUUCUGCGCUAUGGAAAACGAUAUGUUCCUGUGCCACUUAGAAGACCAAGACGAAGACGAAGAUAACUCGUUGGAAACUCGAGAAACGUCGAAUAUCUUCCGUCAUUACGAUGUAGAAAAUUCCGGUAGCGAAAGCGGUCGCAGCAGUUUCAGCCAAGGAAUGUGUUACAAUUUAGACUCGGUUUCUACGAGCGAUUCUGUCCUAGACGAGGAUCAGAAUAAUUCCAUAGUUAGCGAAGACGAUAAUCACAUCCGAGAGUUCGAGGAAAAAAUCAAAGUCGCUUUUGAGAAAAGCAAGAAAAUCGACGUGCCUACGAAGCACGACACGAUUAAUCAUUCUAAAUGGAAGAAACCUAUAAAUGCCGAAAACUUCGAAGAAAUUCGAUGCGACGAAGCGCCGAAAACUGAUAUCGUUUCGAAAGAAUCCGACGUAGUUCGGCAAGAAACCAAUUUAAUGAAUUUGGCCGGUGGUGGUGAUUCAUUGAGUAUCGCUUCCAGUGCUGAAGAACGCUCUGCAUCAGAUCACCAAGCUAAUGGAUCUGGCGAUGCGAAUGUAAAGAAUAGUUCGAGUGAUGAUAAACCCAGCAGUACUGGUGUUGUUUAAAAAAGGCUGCGAUAAAUUCGGAUCGAUUAGUGAGAUGUUAUUACUGAAAGACAAAAUUAUCAUAUUGCCAUAAAACUUGUAUCUCUAUUUUCGUUAAGGUUAUUUAUAUUAUUCUCGUGUAUUUUUUUCGUUUUGAUUUUCUGAUUUAUAAAAUUGUGAUUUAACUCAUUAAUGAAUUACCGCAUGUUAUCAAUAAUUAUAAUUCUUAAUAUUACAUCUUAAUUUUAAUAUACAGACGCAUUCAUAAUAA